AUGACAAACAUUAGUCCCUCCGUCGGAAACCAGAUUGAAGCUCGACUUUCUGCCGAUGAUUUUGAUGCAGUAUCCUAUGUACGUGAAUGCCUUCAAGAGGUUAAGAGCGGCGAUGAAGUGAAACAUCUUCGAGCGUUGCGUUCAAAGUUAAAUGCACUCAAUAAUGCUUCUUCUGAUUCAAUAAGGAAAAACGUUUUUCAGAACUACCAGCAGUUUAUAGAAACUUCCAAAGAGAUAUCUCACUUGGAGAAGGAAAUAUUUGAAUUAUCUUCCUUGCUAACAGACCAGAGACUUCUGAUUGAGAAUUUUAUGCAAAUGAUUGGUGAGGAUAGAUUUUCUACGUGUACUUCUUCCAGUUUGCAUCCUACUUCAACGUCUACGAAUUCGCUAAAUGUUCUGAUGCAGAAGAUGGACGGAAUUGCUGGUGUUCUUAACAACCUGUCAGAAUCUACUCGCCUGAUUUUGUAUGGGGAAGUAACUCAAUUGGAUAAUGAUAGCAGAAGGCCGCUUCAUCAGGUGCUAUUGGUUCUUUUCACUGACCGCUUACUAAUUGGCCACCCAUCGACAGGGAAAUUUCGAUUUCAGCUCGAAUCAUCUCAUUCGCUAAAUGCAGUGGCUGCAGUCAAUGUCAAAGAUCGAGAUGGUGGCGAGAAGAGCGACAAUACUUUUAAACUUUUAAUUUUUCCUGAGCAAAGAGUUUAUUGUUGCGACAGCAUUCGAUUAAAAAGGGACUGGAUCGAUAACAUUGGUGAUGCUAAAAGAAAAAUGCUUCAUGACAACUUGUCAGCACUACAUGCUAGUAUUCGUGGCAAGCUUCGGGAUAACGAACAACCUGAAAGUACUGUUGAGAGGUCUACUUUGGGUACGGAAUCAGUCCAAGAGGGAAAAACUCCAGAUGAAAGUGCUUGGUUAGCUGAACUGCCUGCUGAACUUGAUGAUUGUAUGGCACAUAGGGAUCUAGAGCAAGCAGUAGAGUUAAUUAUGGAGUGGAAAAGUUGUUCCACACGAGAUCCUGUUGUAGACGCACAGUUAUCUCAUCGCGAAGCUCAUAUAGUCCAGAUAUUAAGUGAUGAGAUUUGUCGUCCAGGUGCACUGCAUGGCGGACCACGAGCAGUUCGAAAAGCUAUUAAUCUUAUGACAAGUUUGGGUCGUGCUGCUCAAGCAGUGGAUCUUUAUUUGAAGAGGCGCAGUACGGCGCUUCGACAGAGCACACGUGAGUUAAGUGUCAGUGAAGAACCUUUAUCUUAUGUACGCCAGUUGUCGCAGCAGUUUUUGAGCGCAAUGUCUGACGUGGCAACUGAAUUUAGCUCACAACCUGAAGAUUUCGCUCUAAUUUUACAGUGGUGUUCGGAUGAGCUCAAUUUAAUGCUUUCCCUCAUUCGAAGGCAUGUUAUUGAGGUUGCUCCCACUAUGGCUGUAUUGGCACAUACAUGGCGAAUACUAAUGCUGCAUUGCGAGAGUCUUUGUUUAAUUGGUGCUGAUUUAACUUUUGAGGUUCACCGGCUUCUCGCUCCCUCUUUGAAGGCUGCGCUGAAAUCAAACUUUGACAACAUCAUUGAAUCUAUCAGGCUGCGUAUUUCUGAGGAGCGUUGGCGGCCGUAUAACAUGGAAAAUGAAUCCAAUGUAAAUCGUUUCUUAGAAGAAAUGGCCGAUAUGGGUCUUUGUAUAGAUUGGGCCGUUUCUUCAACUCAUCGUUCGAGCAUAAAUAUUACACAAAACGCUUGUCAUUUUUCUCGAGUUGCUCAUUCGUUAUGUAGGGACCUGUCAGUCUUAAGGUCUUGUCAUUUACGAGAAAUUACUGAUUCUUAUGUAGAGAAACUGUGGGACGAGUAUCUUAAACAUUUAGCUGAUUCACCGCAAUCUUCAGUACAACAGUACACCCUUACUUUUAUCAUAUCCCAACUGCUGCCGCUUUGUGAUGUUGUAUAUGACGGCGGUUCGCCAGGUUUACUCGCGACUUUGCUUGAGUCGAAGUACCCCAAAUUACUACGCUACAAAGAGGAAGAAGGAGACACUGGAAAUGAAUUUGCGGAUGAAGAAGUGGCGCAAGUUUGA